GGAGGGCACUCUCCAUGGAGAUAUUAGAGAUCGACAGCCCAAGCACCCCGUCAGCGACCUGGCUGUCGUCCCUGGCUUCCUUUACGACAACUACUAUCCUCAACUCUCUCCCGUUCCCCAGCAGAGAGAAAUAGAGCCAUGGCCUCUGUCGCUCGUAGGGUCAAGGAGGCGGCCGCCCUCAAGGCCGACCCGACACGCCACGAGGAAACGACGACGUGGUGCAACCGUGACUUGGUCCCUCUGCCACCUUCGCGGCGUACUUGGGGAUGGUUCAACUUUUUUGGCGCCCAGUCACUUGGCGCCUUGAACAUCUCCACCUGGCAGACGCCAAACACGUUCCUCACGCAGGGUCUUUCUGUCGGCCAGGCCAUGCUCAUCAUUGUCAUCUCGCGCUUCAUCGUCUCUCUGUUCGCAUGCAUCAUUGCCUGGUGUGGCCUCACAUGGCACAUUGGCUUUACCGUGCAGAACAGAUUCACCUGGGGCCUGCGUGGCGCCUACAUCCCUCUGAUGCAGCGAUGUCUGCUCAACUUUAUCUGGACAGCAGUACAAUGCUGGAACGGCGGCAAACUGGUGAACGUAUGCGUGACCGCCAUCUGGCCUUCAUUUGGCAAGAUGAAGAACACGCUGCCCCCGAGCAUGCCGACCACGACGCCUGAGAUGGUUGGCUUCAUCAUCUUCUGGGUCGUCUCCUUGCCCUUCCUCUUUGUCCGACCCGAGCGGUACAAGAAGCCCUUCUUCAUCUCCUCCCUGGGCUGCGGAAUCGCCAUGUUCUGCAUGAUGAUCUGGUCCUUGUCCGUCGCCAAGGGCGUGGGCCCCGUUUUCUACAAGGGCGAGGCGGUGCCCGCAUCCUCCCGUUGGAGCGUGUCGUGGCUCAUCAUGGCCGGUCUGAACCAGGCCAUUGGCCAAAAGGUGGCGGGCAUCACCAACGAGAGCGACUUCUCGCGCUACGGCCACGGCUACCGGGGCUUCGUCAUUGGCACCGUCUCCGUCCAGUGGAUUGUCGGCAUCUUUGUCUGUCUGGGCGGGCUCGUUACCACCGCCGCCUGCCAGCUCAUCUACGGCAAGAUCUUCUGGAACCCGCCCGACCUGCUGAUGGUCAUCAUGGACAACGGCGACGGCUCCUCGGGCGCCCGCGCGGGCGUCUUCUUCCUCGCCCUGGCCUUUGCUUUCGCCAUCCUGUUCCAGAACGUCUGCGGCAACGCCGUGGCAGGCGGCAUCGACCUGGCGGGCGUGUUCCCGCGGUACAUUGACAUCCGCAGGGGAGCCAUAAUCACGCUGGUCGCCACGUGGGUCAUCCAGCCGUGGCAGCUCAUCAACCGGGCGGCCACCUUCAUCACGGUUCUGAGCUCCUUCUCCGUGUUCCUCGCGCCGCUGCUGGGCGUCAUGAUUGCAGACUACUUCUUCAUCCGCCGGCAGAAGAUCAAGCUCGGCGAGCUGUACCGCGCCGAGGGGUCUGACUACUGGUUCACGCACGGCUUCAACCUCCGCGUCAUCCCCUGCUGGGUGGCCGGCUGGGCGCCCACGAUCGGCGGCCUGGUCGCCAGCGCGGGCGGGAUCACCUCGGCCCCCGACGCUGUCUUCCAGCUCUACUACACGGCCUUCUUCACGGGUCUCGCCAUCUCCUUCACCACGUUCUACGUCGUCACGUUCUUCUUCCCUGUUGCUGGCGCCGGCGAGUUCGACCCUUACGACGACUGGGCCACGUUCACCCCCGCCGAGGCCGCGAGGCUGGGCGUCGUGCCGCACGUCGAUGCUGAGGAGGUUGCGCGUACCGGGUUCGGCGCUUCCGGGUAUAGCAAGAGAGGUGGUGGUGGUGCACAGGUGCUUGGGGAAAAGGACGUCGAGUCCGUGGCGGGGGAUAAUGUCGCCCAGGUGGCGCCUCAGACCAUCACGGGUUGAGUUUCUCUCGUCAUGUGGAAGGUUUCGGAUUGGAGAAAGCUAGGUUGUGCGCGGUGAUCAGGUUAUGGAACGGUCGAGAGGUUCAUCUCCGAGGCAGGCUUAGAUGGUUUAGUAAAAGAUCAAUAUCUAUC